GCCUCGGCCCGCUCUCAUCCUCAAAAGGAGGGUGACGUCAUAAAGGUGGGCGGUGCCCUCUGUCUCCGCUAUUGCGUCGCGGCCAAUCGCCACGUGGGGGAGCUCCAGUUGCGCGACCGGAACUUCCGGGACGUCUAUGGGGUUCUGGGUUGUUUCGCGCAGCUUUGGUGCGGGCCUGCGGGAGCGACUGGAACCAUGUGGGUCGCGUUGGGGCGAUCGCUCAGCUUCUCUAGGAAUGGGUCGGAGCUGGCAUUUUGGAGGGGGAGCGGAGCCUUGGCGGCCGAAACCAAGAGUCGGUGGCUAAGCCUAGUGAUCUGCUUCCUUCGAGGUCGUCCCCAGUGCCGGGGUCUGCAUGGCUCGCCAGCUGUCUGCGGCAGUAAGAAUUUGCUCAAGAAAUUUGCUUCGAAAACCAAAAAGAAAUUCUGGUAUGAAAGCCCUUCCCUAGGACCUCACUUUACAUAUAAUCCAUCUAGCUGGGAAAGUCUAAUGAAACGUACUCCAAAAAAGACUAAAAAAGACAGCAUACGCAAGAGGGCCCUCGAUGGGAUUCUUUAUCAGGCAUUGUCAGACUUGAUACGUACCUUUGAAGUAAAUGAAGAUGUCUAUGAUCUGAAUGUGGAAUUUUCUAAGGUAUCUCUUGCCCCAGAUUAUUCAGCCUGUCGUGUGUAUUGGAAGACAUCCCUGUCUGCUGAGCAGAAUGAUCACAUAGAAGUGAUUUUACAGAAGAAUGCUUCAUAUUUCAGGCAUCUUUUAAUUACCUAUCAGAUCCUAAGGAAUGUUCCUCCAAUAGUAUUUAUUCGUGAUAAAGAAAAUGCAGCAGUAGCAGAGAUAAAUAGGUUACUGGAAAUUGCUGAUUUUGGACCCCCUGAUGAAAAAGAUUUGACACAAAGUGACCCAAGUGAAUGUAAGACAUCAGUAACCUCUGUAUCAUCUCAUGUAUCAGAGUGCACCAUUCAGCCAAAUCUCUUUGGAAUUGACCAUGAGGCACUCCACAAGCAGAUAAUGGAGUACAAAAGAAACAAAGGGAAAGGUCAUGAUGAUAUAAGCAUUGGAAGUGCAGAGCAAGAACAGGAACAGGUAUCUAUGCUGCAGAAGCAAGUGAAAAAGAAAAUGAAGAAGGCAAAGCGUUCCGUGGAUGAUGACAUAACCCCCCAGGAUUAUUUACUCAACAGAUAUUGUGAUCAGCUGGACAAGAAUGAUAGCUUUUUGGAAGAAUAUAAACCAGAGUAUGAAUUGCAAGAAGCAUUAGAGAAAUUAGAAUUAGAGGAUAAUAGUGUUUAUGAGGAACAAAGUUCAUCAACUACAGAUCUUGGAGAAAAUAAACUUAAGAAGUGUUAACUUUUCUGAUAGUUUUUUAAAAAUUUGGCUUGGUUUGCUAUUUAACAUUAAACUGGACCUAAAAAUCUA